AUGCGGCGCUCCUCCCACCGCCCGUCGAAGCCCUCGGUGCCCUCCAAGGACCUUUCGCUGUCCGAGGCCUACAACCUCCUGGCUGCCCUGAUGCAGUUCGUCGCCAUGGUCCUCCUCUGUGUGGCCAUCUACAUGCGGAAUUGGGUUUGGCUGGAGCCCGACGAAACCUACCUGGGACGCCAGCCGUUCGUCUUCUACACCUUCGGGAUACCCUACAAGAUGAAUGCCACCAGGAACGGCUCAGAUUAUUUAUAUUUUUUCCAGAAGGACCGGCGUGCGCUCAGUCUAAUUGUGAUCAUGGUUUGCUUUCUGAACCUGUGCUUUGGCGUCACGGCCUUUCUCCUGGAUUAUCUGGAAUUCCAGAUGCUGGAGAAGUAUCGGAUUAUGCUGGUCUCUUCCUUCCAUAUUUCCUCAGGGGUCUCCAGCCUGGUGCUCGUAGCGAUAUGCAUUUGGUGCUUUGAGAAGGUGACUCAAUGGGCCGUGGAACCCGAAUGGAUGAGAAACCCCAUGUUGGUUCACUUUGGAGAGAGUUUCUACAUUGGCUUGUUGGCCUUCGGCUGUGCCGUCUGGGCUGUGACCUUCACCCUGUGCGCCCUUGUGGUGACCUGGAAGCUGAAGACGUCCAGCGAAGCUCCUGAUGCAAAGCAAUAG